UAUUGCGUCAUUGUUAUUGUGGUAGUUGGAGCCCUAGCUGUUUACAGGGAUUUCGCCACCAUUUCGCUUACAUCUGGUCCUCUAAAAUCUGCGUUAACACCUGGACCAUCACGAGUCAACCAGUAUAAUGUCGUUUCAAAAGGACACUUCAUCGGACGAGAGUUUGCAGGGUUCCUGGGUUGAGCUGCAUUUCAGUGGCAAUGGCUCUCAAAGUACCAGUCAUCACGGAAGCCAGGAGCAAAUCCCCACGUCCAUCCAGGAGGGUGACGUGGAGAAAAUGCUGCUGGAUGCCCAACACGAGUCAGGCAGAAGCAGCUCCAAAGGAAGCUCUCAGUGCAACAGCCCACUCAGAGCCCAGACCCCCCUUCUCCUGUGGAGAGGCUCAGAGGCAAACAGCUCACAGUCAGAUGAAGACUUCCAAGAAAGAAGACGGGAAGUAGAGAACAUGAUGAAGAAAAAUGCUGACUGGAUCUGGGACUGGUCUAGUCGACCUGAGAACAAUCCACCAAAGGAGUUCCUGCUCAAGUACCCUAAGCGCUCGACCUCUCUCAGCAUUAGGAACACCAGUGUCAUGAAGAAGGGAGGUGUUCUCUCUGCGGACUUUCUGAAGCUUUUCCUUCCUUCCUUAAUCAUUUCUCACAUACUUGCUGUCGGCCUAGGGAUAUAUAUUGGGAAACGUCUGACUUCCCACAACACCUACUAAGUAGGAUGGUGCCGUGUGUUCGACACCUUGUCACCUUCAAGUGACUCAUCUUGGCAUGCCUUAAAAUGGGACCUUCUAAUGAUCAAGGGAGAUGUAGCCACGUGACACGGUCCAAUUUGAUUGAGUGCCCCACGUAGCUCACACCAGCGUGGAGAGUUAAGGAUCUGUCAUUGCUGUUUCAUGGCGUUAACUCGUGAACACAACAGUGACCAAUCCUCUGCUCUGCGCUGUAGUCUCUGUCCUGGCCUGAAGAUGACUGUUUUGUUGCUUCCAGCUCCUUAAAUCUGCACGUUAGGGAACUGAUAAGUAUUGUGCGCCAAUGCCUUUUUUGUUUUUGCAAUGAGGAAUCACUUUUGAUUUAAAAUUAUAUACGAUCAGUAUGUAUUUUUUCAAAUCAACUGUAGAGAAAGGUAAUUGACUUUUUUUUUUGUCCAAGGGAUCAAUAGCCUACUGCGUAAGUGAUUGCAUCCAUUUGUUCAAUUGUAUAUUGUGAUUAUGAGAAAGCAUUAUUAAGCACUGAUAUGGUCCAUUUUGUUCAUCUUACACAAAAUAAAAGUUGGAAAAAAACGCA